GUGACAUUGACAGAUGUUUUUAUACAAUUAAACAUGUUCUCAUCUGACGUGAAGGGCAACUGUGUGUGUUUCAAAACCAUGAUUAAUGUCAAACAAAUGACUCACAAAUAUUUCGCAAUCUGGCACUGUAGUUUUACAGUAGAUGGAGUUGUGGUGCACAAUAGCAAAUGAAAGUGACAGCGCCUUAAUGACAGAGAAAUCAACCAAUCAUCGCUGGAGAAGGAGUUGUUUCUUAGUUUUCACUUUCACCAUUAGCACCGCAUGAAUUCUUCAAACUGUGUUCCCUUUUAGAUAUAAUUAGRGUAUACUUAGGAUUUCUGUGUAGAAAAGAGCAAGUGGAGUAAACUUACCAGGGACUGGGUAAAAAAAACAACUAAUUUUCAAGUUUAACGAAUUCUGCCUGCUCAUCACAAGAAGGUGGGGGCAUGUGAUAUGAUCAAGUUAUCUAGCUAGCUGGCUAGCCUCUGGGUGUAGCUGGCUAACCUCGACAUACACAGUGAAAACAAAGCCCUGUAUUAUCCGGACAGAAACGAUGUAUCUACCUUGAUGUACACAUCGUGUUUCUCGACGUAAAUUACGGGYAAAAAGUGAAGAUGGUUCACGUAUACAACUGCCAUCCCUUCGCUUCCCAGCAAAUCGUGCAAACCGAACAGGAGCCUGGGUUAGUGUGUUGUGGCGGGGGUGUCUUGUUUGUGGAGUCCGCGGGAGGAUGCAAGAUCGAGGCAUUUCAACUGGAAGCGGAGGGGUGCCCUCUUAUCUGCCGCUUCGCCACCAUGGGGACUGUGCAGAGCAUCUUGCACAGCGAGAUAGGGGACUACCUGGUGACCAUCGAGGAGAAGAACAAUGUCACCUACCUCCGCACCUACACCAACUGGCGCUACCAGGUGGCCGAGAAGACCCGUGUGGGUGUGCGUCUGCUGGGCCACUUCCUGCGUGGCUCAUCCAUGCGUGGAGCUCCCAAGGAGCAGAUGGAGAUCAUUGAGAUUCCGCUGUUUGAGCGCCCACUGUGUGUAGCGUGCUGUGGGGUGACAGGGGACCUGCUGGUGGGGUGUCCUAAGAGCCUGGUGCUGUUCAGUCUCAAGAGACAGGCCCUCAACGAUAAGCUCUCCAUCCUGGACUUUGAGCGUUGUCUGAUCCUCCACCUCCCAGGACUGUCGCCCCAACAGGUGGCAAUCUGUGCGGGGUACAUUGCCCUGCAGGCAGAGCUCGAAGUGCUGGUGCUCAAGCUGGAGAGACUUCCUGGCUCCGCCCCUACCCAGAAGUCAGCUGACAAGAAGUCCCAGGACCACUGUCUAGUCCCCAAGGAUAUGAUCACUGGAGCAGAACACAACAAUGAGAUAGAGAUGAGGACAGAGGGUCUUGCUGGUCACCUUGAUCAGGAUGACUUCUUCAUAUUCCCUAAGCACCAGGAGCUGCUGGGGGACAGGGCCAAGGACUGUGGGGUCAAGGUCUCUCUGGAGUGGACAGGCAUGGAGAGUGAGGCCAGGGGUAUCCUCGCUAUCACCUAUAUCUUAUACAGACGUUUUGCUCCAGACUUCUUCCAAGGCUGCAGUGUGGAGGAUACCCGCCUGCACUCCCUGCAGUUCCACCCUGUAUUCACCAGUAACCAGGAAGUGUGUGCUGGGGGCAGGAGAGGGGUGGAGCCGACGUGUGUGUUCUGUUUCUUCUCGCUGCCCAACACGGGCUACGUGUACAGCGUGAGGGGCYGAGUGGAGAUGGUCUCAGUCUAUCAGUAUCCAGAGAAAGCCCAGCAGGCCGUCCUCACUGACCUCUUCCUCCACAUCAUCACCAAGAAUGCUCUCCAGUGUUUCUCAGUGAGGUGUUCUGCAGUGGCAGCCAGAGCUGAGGACCCUUACAUCGAUACCACCAUGAAGGCCUGUCCUCCCAUCACCAUGGAGGUGUGUGCUUUGCGGAUCCAGCUGUUCAUUGGUCUAAAGGCUCUGUGUCAUGAUCGCCACCACAUCGUCCUGCUAACCGCUGCAGACGUGGAGACCAGGGAGGACACAGAGAGGGCUGCUCGCAGGAACCUGAAUAGGAAGUCAUCCUUCACCAAGCACCGGGAUCCCAUUGAGAUGAGUCACGGCUGGAAUCUAUACGUGGUCAACACCGUCCCCCCACUCCAACUCUACAAUGAGAUGGUGGAGUAUAGUAAGAAGUAUGAGGAGACCAACCCUCUGUCUCAGAGCUGUCUGCACCUGCUCAGUGAGGCCCACCUCCUCCUGAGAGCCACGCUCCUSGACCCCCGGGUGGGAAAUCCCGUGGAGCAGCCUCAGAGCAGUGACCAGAACCUAGCCCAGUCCCUGGGAUAUACAGCAACAGACAAAAUAGGCAGCACCACUGACAGAACCACAGACAGACAGGAGCUGCAGCAGGCCUUCCAGGAGAGCUGUGCCCAUUUAGGAGACUGCUUCAGUAGGUUUGAUAAGCGUGACUGCCACCUGGCCCUGCCCUACUAUAAGAUGUCAGGCCUGUCUGUGACWGAGGUYAUCUCCAGGAACAGGUGUCUGUCCAGCAGCCCCUGUGGCUAUGGGAAGGGGUUCCUCUUCUUCCUCAAACACUCACUCUAUGAGGAGACCAUGGAGGAGCUCACGGAGGAGACAGCCAACAAGGUGCUGGAUAUCUUCGGUGUGGCCGAGCCGUCCCAGCUCCCCCAUGUUAUAGCCAGCCCCUCCAUGGUCAGAGCCAGUCCUGACAGUGGCCUGGCCCACCUAGAGCGCCUAGAGUCCAUCGGAGCCCCCUCUGUACCCCUCACUCUCUCCAUGGCUGCCCUGGCCCUCCGCAUGGGAGACCUGCAGCUCUACAGACAACACAUGGACAGACACACAGAGAUGCUGCAGGUAUAUGGGUUCAUCGAGGAGCACAAACUGCUGCUGCAUGGCAGAGGGCACACGGUGGUGCCCACCCCCCUGGCACGCCACCUCAGGGACAGCCAGGAAGGUCUGCUGGUAGCAGCCAUGGUGGCGCUACACGAGAAUAACAAGGUCAAACUGGACGAGGCUGACCUCUUCUUCCAGAAGCUUUGUGGGAACCUGCCGGGGCCCCAGGGAGGCCCUCAGCUGCUGGUUGACUUCUGGGAAGCCUUGCUGAUGGCCUCGUCACAGGAAGCUGUCAUCCAGGAGCUGCUGUUCCGCCUCACCUCUGUCUACAUUGACCGCGUCACGCGCCGAGACAGCCACGGCAUGAAACCACUCAAGACCGCAGACGACCUGAUCAACUCAUGUUCUCACUAUGGUGUGCCGUAUCCCUGGGUCAGCAUCCUGACUCCAGCUUACUUCAGUAUCAUUCAAGAUCACCAGGAGGACCUCCAGAAACUACAGUCCCUGCUGUGCGGUCCCACCCUGGAUGUGUCGUCCAUCCUGCCCCUGUUGGAGCAGCUGCCGGACGGGGACAAUGCGGGGCUAAGUGUGCACUUGCUCUGUGCCACCAAGCUGGACCGCCACGAGAGCUCCAUCGAGAGGCUUCUGGACCGAUGUCCUCAGGCCAUCAUCCCCUAUGCUAACCACGAGCUGCAGAAUAACAAAAUGACUCUGUGGUGGCAGAAACUGUUUCCUGAGCUGUGUGAGAGAACCAGAGCAGCAGGGGGAGAGAACACCAUCUUACUGUCUGCACUCAAAGAAACGCUGGUGGUGGUUGCCAUGGAGCUGAACCCACUGGAGUUCCUGGACCUGUUGCCUGAUGAUGGGACGGCACACUUCUUCCUGCCUCACCUGCUGGAGUGCAGCCAGAGAAAUCUCAUGACGUAAGAACCGUGUGGAAUGGAUAUACAGUAGCUCUUAAAAAACAUUUCAUGGUCCACCCAAAUUCUAGGACAGCUUUUGAACAAGUGUCCAUUAAUCAAACGGUAUGCUGGUUUGAAUGGGAAUUUCCCUAACGAUUCRAAUUCAAUAGAGGGUCUUAAACAUGGACCGUACUGGACAAUCAACCACUUAGUGUGGAGUGAGCCUCUCAAACACUAGCUACUACUGUAGAGCCUAAUGAAAAUGGCCCACAUACCAAAAACAACCAUGUUUAUAGUCAUUAGUUAAUUGAGGUGCAGAGACACUGAUUUUACGACCUCAAUUCUGUCUUUCUGUUCCAAAGUAUUGAUGCCGCGUCCCUAGUCAUACCCUGCAGUGGUACUAGUCCUCUAUGUAGACUCCCCUGAUACACUGCGAGACCUUUUCUUUACGACAGAGUAUUAUGAACUUGAUGUUAAGUUACACACUGGACUGUUCAUUGGUUGAAGAGAAAAGGUGGUUCAAUAACUUGGAAUGAAGGGAGCUUCUCUGAAAGCUAUGACCUCGCUGUYUAAAUCGUGAUGUUUUGCUUGCGGCAUUAAUAAAUGCUCUAAAAAAAUAAAAAUAUUUAAUUUGCA